CAGGAACUCAUACGUGCAUGAUAUCUUUCCAAUAGAGGAUGGUCUCUCGAGUUGCUAUAAGCUGUCAUAAACGGACCAAAACUAAGUAGUAUCAUUGCAUUAUCAUUCAUUCUACAAAAUUAUUCUACAACAUUAUUGGCCAUGGAGAGUUGCUGGCGACUUUUUGUCUUGGUUUUCUUAAUUCUACCCCCAGCCCCCCAGUUUGCACAAGAGAUCGUCAUUCCUCCACCGGUGGUGGGAUACACUGGCUCUUAUGUCAUCCUUCCCUGCAAACUCCCAAACCCAGGAGUAAACAAACUCACCCAGAUGCAGUGGGAUUAUGUGGUCCAAAACACUUCGAAACAAAUUCUUAUUUAUCUACCACCGUUGAAUGUAUCUAUUCCUGACAGUCCUCUGAAGGGCAGAUUCUCUUUAAAAUACUCUUCAGAACAUGAUUUUUCCGCAGUCAUCCGAGAGGUAGUGAUGGCUGAUAGGGGCCAGUACACCUGCAGCCUCAACGUCUUCCCCAGUGGUAUUUUUAAGUUAAACACUCAACUUGUAGUUCAAGACCAGAAGCCGCUGUCAUAUGGUGCGCUGAUCGGAAUAGUGAUGGCUGUAGCUGUGAAAUUAUCAUUAGUAAUCAUGUUGGCUUAUGCAGCCAUUGUCCGAAAAAGGAAAACAACUCUCAACCAGAUAGGCCUAGUCCCCAGUGAUACAAGCGGAGCCGAGACAACUGGGGCAUCUGGAGCUAAAAGAGAGGAGGAUCUGGUGUACACUGGCAUUGGAUUCAACCAACCAACCAGUAAUGUCGAAAACACACUUUCAUCCAAUGAGAAACAUGCUGAGGAGGAUGACGUCACGUAUUCCCAGGUUACAGUGCCACGAAAAAAGAAGAAGAAAGAGCGGGAUACAACUGUUUGACUUUAAUAUCAUAUAUAUACAUAAAUAUAUUGAGAUAUAAUUUAUUUUCUAUGCAUUAAAUAAAAAAUAUAAAUAGAAUUUAAAAAAUGAUAUAUAUAUAUAUAUAUUCUCAUAGGAUAAAUAUGGCGAAAACCGAUUUAAUAUGCUAAGAUUAAGUAAGAAAUAUAUAAAUCUCAUUUCAUCCUUGCAUUUUGUGCCACACUUUUGAAGGCUUUUGGGGAUGUUUAGUGUGUUCAAAUACUUUGUACUUCCCUUUGCUUUGUGUUAUUGUAUGUUUCUCAAGACUCUGAAGAACCACUUUCUGAUUUGGACCAUUUCACAUGUUUGAGCUAUUUUGGGUUUCUUUUCUUGUUAAUGUGGCCGGCGGGCUGCAUACACUUUUUAGACCAUGGUUGCUUAAACAAUUUAACUUCUAACUAUUGGACAACAUUAAUAACUCACUAUAUUUCCUAUUUUUUUUAUUAUUAGCUUACUAAGUUUAUUAGCUAUUUAUGUAAAAAAAACCAUGUCUAAUAAAAUGU